AUGGAUAUGUCAACUCGACUGAGAGACGUGCUCGCUGUGACAUUUCUGGUGAUUGGGCUGUGCCAUGGCUGUGCAGGGAUGCGCAAUUGGGACUAUGAACCCCUAUCGGUACACUUUGUAACUUCGGAUGCGAGCAAAAUAAAUGUGGUUUCCGAGGUCGUGCGUGUGGGUCGAUACGAUUAUGCCAUAUCAGCCAAUUUGACAAAUACUGAAGAUGUGGAUGAGACAACGAUGAUUGAGGCCCUUUGCUAUCGCAGUAAAUCAGGCGCCGAGGACGACUAUACGAUUCUACCCUUCUCCAUACCAAAUCAGCCAUUCAAAGACUUCGCCAAGACCUACUACAAAGACAUUGCAUAUCAGAGCUUGAAGCACUGCUCGAAUGCCCCGACACCCGAGGAGGCCUAUCCAUGGCCCAAGGGUGUCGUGACAUUCAACAUGUGCUCGGCAACUGGCGAAGGUUUGCCUGAAUAUCUACCCGAAGGGUACUAUAAAAUCAUCUUCAAAAUUGGAGGAAGGGUCGAAAUGGUCUACACUGCAAUCAUAAAGCUGACAACAAAAAUGAUUUUUUGAAUG